AUGUCUAAUUUACUUGGUUCGUAUAGCGAUAGCGAUUCGCAGGAAUUGCUUAACCUUCCCUCCCUUAAGUCUAAGAAGCCAAAGAUUUUGGGAAAGAGGAAGAGAGCUCCGCAAAAGGAGUCUGAUUGCUUAUCCUACUUAAAAUGGCUAUUUUGUACGCUGACUGUGGCAGGAUUGAUUGCUCUUGUAAUCGUCUCCUACAAUUUGAUGUACCAGAUAGAUGAAGUGAGGAAAAAUCAAAAGCUUGAAAGUCACAAUCAGUGUACUCCGGAGGAAUUCCAACGGUUACACACACAAAUCCAGGAGUUAAAUAAAACGCUGAAUAACUUUAAGGAUGGUAAAGAUGGGCUUCAAACAGUUCUGAAUAAAGUGAAUUUACUUAACACAGAAGUAUCUGAAUUAAAAGAAAAGACUGCAAGUUUGGAGGAUCGAGUGGCCAAGGCACCUUUGCUUCAAACCCUACCAAAGAAAGUUGAAACAACAUCUAAGAGCCUUGCCACUCUGGGGAGUGACAUGGACAUCCUCAAAAGAACUGUCAAUUCCUUAAAGAAUGAACAUCAACAGGCCACUGACAAUUAUGAAAACUUAACUAAAAAACUAAAAGCUUUGGUUGAUAACUCGAAUUUGACUCCUUCAAUGUCACCAAUGACUGAACAUUUUGAUAAGAAGAUUGAAGCUGUGAAUACUGAAAUAGACAAACUAAAUAGUACUUCUAUAGAAAACAUGGAUGUUUUACGCAAGCAAUUGGGCAACCUUGGUGAUAAAAUGGAGAAUGAAGUUUUGAGGAUUAACAAUAUCUCUGCAACUGUUUUACACAUGUCUGCUCAGGUUUAUGCCCUCAACUCCUCAGAAUUGGAAUUACAGAAUCAGAUUCACAAGCUGCAAGUAAAUCUCAUUGCUUCUCCCACUACAAAGAACAGUAACACCACCACCACCGCCACCAACACUACUCCUACAUCCCCUUUGACUGCUGCUGAAAGCACCAAAUCACCCUCCACAUCCACAAUAAAGGAAACUCCAGGAACUGCUCCCAAAGCUGCCAAUUAA